AUGUCGGGGCGCGGCAAGGGAGGCAAGGGGCUCGGCAAGGGCGGCGCCAAGCGCCACCGGAAGGUCCUCCGCGACAACAUCCAGGGCAUCACCAAGCCGGCGAUCCGGAGGCUGGCGCGUCGGGGCGGCGUGAAGCGCAUCUCGGGGCUCAUCUACGAGGAGACCCGCGGCGUGCUCAAGAUCUUCCUCGAGAACGUCAUCCGCGACGCCGUCACCUACACCGAGCACGCCCGCCGCAAGACCGUCACCGCCAUGGACGUCGUCUACGCCCUCAAGCGCCAGGGACGCACCCUCUACGGUUUCGGGGGCUAG